UAAACAUCCACCGUGAAUGCAAUGCUCCAAACGUUACACAAUCCUAUGUUGUCUACUUCACUGCAUAUACAGUUGAAACCACAACACAGAACCUUCAUUUCUUCAUUCCAAUCUCUUCUUCUACCUUCUAAGCUUCUUCUGCUUGUUCCUCUUGGAAACCAUUCACCAUUGCAGCAACUCUCACUCUCAGUUUUUCCUUUCAAUUUUCAUCCUCCAAUUUUCAUCUCUAAUUCUCUGUUUAUCUUGAACUUUUUCAGAUGGAACCGGAAAACAUAGACUGGGACACCAUCGAAUCAACGUUCGUUGAAGAUGAUACAUAUGAGGACUUUGAUGCACCAAAAUGGGUUGAUCUCUCUGCUUUGGAUGAUGAGCUUCUUGUUGAUGAUGAUGAUGAAGCCUGGUUCUGCAUUCACGAUUGCAAGCAUCCCAAAACAGCUGAAGAUUUUCUUAAACCCACAACCACAAGAAACCCCAAGGCAAAGCUAUUGAGAUUUGGAAGCUUCUCUGAAAUUCUUCCCUUUAGGGACAGACUCAGAAGGCAAAAUUCCUCAGCUGUAGCAAGUUCCAAUUUCAAGACUUGUGAGAAAUCAAGAAGACCCAGUUGUUCAGGAAGCUUGAAUGAAGAAUCUGAGAAUAGAAAUCCAAACUUUUCUGCUGUGAAAGACAAUGGUGGUACCAAGAAGAUGAAGAAGCCAUUGAUUCCAAAUGGGGGCAAUCCAAAACAGUUGAAUGGCUCAACUACAAAGGAGUGUCCUGCAAGGAGUGAUCGAAAGCCGAAGCUGAGGAGUACUUUCUCGGCGCAAAAUUUGUUGGGUGGCAGAGAGAUUCUGAGCCAGAUCACAGGGUUCUGCUCUGAGUUGAAGAGGCUAGCAAGAAAGGGUUCCAAGAAAGGGACAAGUGAGAAUGCUCCGAGACCAAAUGGGGUGUCAGAAGAAGAACAGAAGGAGAAGGAUGAGGAAAAGAGGGAAAGGGUGCCCCUGCUUGUGCUCAAGAAAGGGACAACCUUGAAGAGUUGAAUGUAAUCAAGCCAUGAAGUUGAGUGGAUUUGAUUCGGUUACUUAGGAUUUUGAUAGCUGAAAUGGUGCUAUAAUCAUAUAUUUCAUUUGAUUUUCUUGAUUGGAAUAACUAAGAAGAUCUUGUCCAGAAUGAUUUGGACUUGUUUUUCCUUAUUGUUGUGUAAGAAGGGGGUGAAAGCAAACCUCACCAUUUUUGAUAAUUGACAAGAAAUAAAAUGUUCAAUUCAGAA